AUGGUUAGCACGAAAGACGAAGAUAUUAACGAAAGAAUGUUAAAAUUAAUAAAUGACAUUCAUUAUGGCGAUAUCAAAGGUACACACAAUAUUGUUGUGGAUACUAUUUUGGGACUGAAAGAAAUUAUAAAUAAUACCGAAUGGACUACUGCUGCGAAUUUAAUAAGUAUUAUAACAAGGAAUGGAAAAUGCUUAGUAGAAGCUAAUCCUCUCGAAUUUUCUAUUGGAAAUAUGGUUCGUAGAAUAUUACAAAUAAUUAGAGAAGAAUAUACUUCUGAAUUAAAAAAUACAACUGAUGAAACAGAUACACAAGAAUCUUUACACAAAAUUCUCACUGCUGAAGGUGAUCAACAGGUUGACUUUAGUAUUCCUAUACCAUCUUUAAAAUCAGCUAUUAUAGAGCAUAUUAAUGAAUUUGAAGCUGAAUUAGAAACCUGUGCAGAAAAUAUUACACAGCAAGCUUCUGAACACAUUCAUUCUAAUGAAAUUAUUAUGACAAUUGGUAAAUCAAAAUUAGUAGAAGAGUUUUUUAAAAGAGCUGCUGCAACAAGAGCUUUUGAAGUUAUAGUAGCUGAAGGAGGACCAUCAUUAAGUGGUCAUGAAAUGGCUGUAAAUCUUGCAAAGGCAAAGAUUAAAACUACAUUAAUAUCAGAUGUAGCAAUUUUUGCAAUGAUGUCACGUGUGAAUAAAGUAAUAAUUGGAACACAUACUGUUAUGGCAAAUGGAGGGCUAAGAGCAAUUUCAGGUUCACAUACAGUUGCUCAAGCUGCAAAACAUUAUUCUGUCCCAGUAAUGGUCUUAUUGCCACUUUAUAAGCUUUCUCCACUGUAUCUUUACACUCAUGAACAACAUGGUUUUAACAAACAUGUUUCACCUUUGCAAGGUGUAAUUGAUGGUGCAAAUGCAUCAUUAUUGGCAAGAAUUCAAGCAUACAAUCCAGUUUUUGAUUAUGUGCCACCAGAAUUAGUUACAUUAUUUAUUUCAAACACGGGUGGAAAUGCACCAUCAUAUAUUUACAGAUUACUCAGUGAAUUAUAUCAUCCAGAUGAUUAUGAAUUAUAA